AACAACACAACAGUGGCAGGUGGUACUGCCACAAACUCACGACAAUUUAUGAGUGACAGCGUCGUAGUAGUGCAGAUGUUGAUUGGAAUCUUCCUGUCUGUCAACUUCCUGCUCAUCUUCACGUUCUUCAAAAGAGGCAUCUUUCACAGAACUGCACGUUAUAUCUUAUUUGCUCACAUACUGAUGGUUGACAGUCUGUUUCUGAUUAUGACUAACAUCCUUCUUCUCUUAUACAUAUUCACAAUCACUAUGCCAGUUUGGUUGUGUCUAGUUAUUUGUUUUCCAGUGUCUAUGUUGAACUUUCUCACUCCACUAACCCUGACAGCCAUGAGUCUGGAGCGCUACGUGGCUAUCUGCAUGCCACUGCGACAUGGACAGCUUUCUACUCCUCGCAGAGCUAUACACUGUAUCUUCAUCAUCCACAGCCUCAGCUCCAUACAGGCCAUCAUAAUCACUUCUAUCUUUAUUGCCUCUGUUCCUCCUGGCUUCUAUAUACAAUACAGGUUGUGUUCUGUGGAGAUGCUCAUUAUCCUCUACACCUGGCAAAGUCACAUCAGGUCUGCUAUAAACCAGCUUUAUUUCCUUGUAAUGUCUUUAACGAUUGUGUUCACCUAUGUUAAAAUCAUGUCUGUUGCCAAAGAAGCGUCGGUAGAGAAUAAGACAUCCACCUCCAAAGGUCUUAGAACUGUGAUCCUACAUGGUGUACAGCUGAUCCUCUGUCUGAUUCAGUUCUGGUGCCCCUUUGUCGAAACUGCUAUUCGGCAACUUGAUUUGACAUGGUAUCGUCAUGUCACUUACUUUGAUUAUAUUGUUUUUUUCCUGGCUCCAAGGUGUCUGAGUUCACUUGUUUAUGGUCUAAGGGAUGAAAGGUUUUACCGUGCACUGAGAUAUGUAUUAUUUUGUGACCUGAACAAGAAAAUGAACCCUAAGUUUGAUCCAUAA